UCAUCUUCCAAAUGUUCAGCCCCAGUCUUCAAGUGCUGCUCUUGGGGGUGCGAGGUUGAGAGGGAGGGUAACGCCAAGAAGGGAGAGAAAUACAUGCAUCAAUAGGCUAGGCUCCAUAUUUCUCCUCCUACAAUCCCGUUAUAACGUUGCCUACUCUGACAAUACGGAAGAGAUAGUGUGAAUUUAAAGCCAAACACAAUCAGAUGGAGAAACAGAAAGAACAACUGAGGGAGGAGAAGAGGAUGUAGAGGUGAAAGAUAGAGACCCAGGAGAUCUGAUGAAGAUGAAGCCAGUCAGUGUGGUGGUGGUGCUGAGCUUGCUGCUCUGCUCAGCUCUGUCGGCCCCUUUGAAAGGUAAAGAAGACUCCCAGCAGACCAUGUUCUUUGGGGAGGACUUCCAUCUGCGGCUGCCCUCCCUGGCUGCAGAGGUUUUGUUCCGGCCCAGCAAUGCCCCGGCGGGGGCCGAGGUGGUCAUGAUGCAGGGUAGGUCCGUGGUCAAUAAACGUGCCAAGCUCAACAGUCAGCUCAGUCACCUGAUCCUAGAGAACGUGGGCGAGGGGGACGAGGGGAUGUACACGGUGAAGAACAACGAACAGCCAGAAGAGGUCCGACGCAUCACACUCAUCGUCAGAGACUGUUCCAACGAGCAGAACAUUAAGUAUGGGGAGAACUACCACAUCCAGCUGGCGGGGGUGGAGGCUCCCAUCACCCUGGAGUACAGGCCCAGUGCUGUGGAGGCCAACCUGACCUCCAGGCCGGGCCUGGUUCUGAUGAGCCAAGGAGAGCUCUCCAGAGAUGGGUACCAGGGGCGCCUGAGUGUCAACGAGCGCCGGGUCACCCUCAACGCCGUGACAGGCGCCGAUGAGGGAAGCUACACAGUCAGAGACACUAACAUGAAGGUCAUGAGGAAGGUCUGCCUAAAUGUCAAAGACCACCAGAACUUUGUGAAGGUGCCGUACGCUGGCACCCUGAAGAUCAACCUGAUUUUGAAUGCCUCCAUGGUGCGGCUGUUCUACACGCCCGACUACGACUUACAAACCAGACAGAUCCUGAACGGGGGACAGUUAACGGUGCCAGCGGACCUGGAUCUGGAGGGGCGGAUCUCUCUGGAUCCGUCUGUGGUUAUUCUGGACCAGGUCAAGGCCAGCGACGCCGGACAGUUCAGGGUCACGGACAUACUGGGGUUUCCUGUGUCCAACGUCUACCUGGAAGUGGAGGCCUACAAGCUGCCGUCCCUCUACGUGGCGAUCAUAGCACUGGUGGGCUUCCUGGUCUUCCUGCUGUUGGUGUGUCUGCUGUCCUGCCUGGUCAAGCAGAGGAAGAGGGCUGCCAAGGCCCGAGCAAUCGAGAAGAUUGCCCAGAACGCAGGCAAGGAGGACGAGGGAGAUGCCUUUAGACAGGUGGUGAAGAACAUUACUCAGUUUGAGGAGUCAAUAGCCCAGUCCAUCGACAUCACAGAGAAGUCUCAGAGCACUGAGGUGGACAUUAAAGGUCUGGAAGUGUCGUCCAAGGAGGUGGCAGGUGGUAACCUGGAGACCAGCGACUCAGGGGUGGAGUUUAACACCACUGGCCUCCCAUUGGACACUGACACUGACGUUCCCCGACCAGAUUCCAGAAUCAGAGGCUGAGGCUGAGAGUGUUGCCUUCGUCCCAGAAACCAAGCCAAGCCCACCCCUGGUUACCAAACCUGAGCCCGGUUCCCGAGAUCAAGAAAAUCCCUGAACCAGCUCCUGAACCAAAGUUGACCAUAACCAAACCCGUUGAGACCAAACUCAGCCCAAUCCCAAGCCCGGUCUCCAAGCAGGCUCCAAGCCCCAUUGCCAAAACACCUGAACCAGCCAAAACUCCUGAAUUGAAAACUCCUGAUUUGAAAACUCCUGAACCGAAAACAUCUGAAUUGAAAACACCUGAACCAGCCAAAACACCUAUUGCUGUGUCUCCAAGCCCGGUGUCCCCUAAGCCAACCCCACCCCUGACCCCUGUCUCCAAACCAACUACACCCCAGCCAUCAACCCCCGAACCCCCCAAACUGGUGAUACCAGCCCCCGAACCCCCCAAGCCGGUGACACCAACCCCAGAAUCCCCCAAGCCUGUGACACCAACUCCCGAACACCCCAAGAUCCUAACACCAACCCCGGAAUCCCCCAAGCUUGUGACACCAACCCCGGAAUUCCCCAAGCCUGUGACAUCAAUCCAGACUCCGACCCCAACCUCAAUGCUGAGCCCUGAACCUACUCCGACCACCAAUGGCACACCCGAACCACCAGCACCUGAAUCCAAACCUGACACUGCUCCGGCCCCAGUGAGUCUGAUCGAAAGUCCUGUCGCCAAGGCAACCCCUCCUAAACCCCUGAGGUGGAGGUGACCGCCCCAUCUAGUCCAUCCCUUGAGGCCAAAACUGACGCCCCAGCUGAGGACAACACCGCCACCACCGCAACCUGAGAACAGCCCCUGCACCCCUCCAAGGGAAACCCCACAGAUCCAUUAUUCUAUCCUCCUCCACCACUGUAGACAGACAAUCGAACACCCCCUUACCAAAUAAGGAAGAAAUCACUGCUACUGUCGAGGCUGGGACUUAGAUUUAACACUUCUAAUGCUCAAACAUGCUGUAGGUUGUUAUGAUAGCUAACUCACCUGUAACUAACACUAACGUUAUCGUUGAGAUACUUUUUUCAAUUCACAGAUACUAUUCACAAGAUAUAAAUAUAAGCAAACGAGUUCCGUUUUGUCAGACGUUUUAGUUGUUGUUGUUUCUUUUUUAACUUUCUAUGCUGCAUACUCUUUUGUAGUGUGUAAACUAGAGCAUGACUGCCAGUCUGCCAACAAAAUCAGUUGCAGAGUUUACAAGUAAAAUGUUAAACCUAGCUACUUUAGAUAUUUUUUAUGUUCAGAGGUGUGCAGAAUGGUUCCACACCCUUUUACAUAGAUAUACGAACAACAGAAUGGCAAGUGAACAUGACCCAAUCUAGUUCAACUACAUCUAUGACCAUCUACUCCAUUUGUGGACUGAUAAAACCUUUGAUGAUGCCUGCUCUAAUCUCAGCAUGUGGAAAAACAGACCAAAACAAAAGCACGAACAGCUUGUAAAUUUGCUACGGCCAUUUUUUAUCUCAUAUGAUGAAACCAAUUACAUGAUUUAACCCCCCCAAGGACUUAUAAAUGUGACUAUGACAUAAUGUUCUCAUCAAACUGGAUGAAUUUAAAUCACCUUUCUAUCAAACUGGACUGGAUUCCUUCAAUCUCCUUGUGACAUUCUCUAGUAGUUUUCCUGAAACCUGGGAAUCUGAGAAUCUGGGAAUCUGGACAUUUUCCUGCUGAUCCUCUGCCCUCCUAUAGAAACAUCUAGAGUGCUUGAAUGAUGAAACAUCCGGAUACAAAGGAGCAUGGCAUUAUCCCAGCAACACUAACACCUGAAUGCUGAACUCUAACAUCGAUACCUUCUGUUAAACUAAAUCUAACUUUUGUUUAAAAUGGAUGUCUCCUGUGAUUGCGCUCCCAACUACAUGAGAGACUGUAUUGGUUAUAAGGUGUUGGCCAACUCUGACUGACUGUCCCAGUGGAUCUCUAGAAUCAGUUUAAUCCCAAGAGAAAGAGCUUGUUUUGACCCUUCACCCCAGCACCUGAAGACCCCAAGGACACACCUCAGCACUUUAAGGAAGCCCCAGUGAAUCUUGGGAAAUGUAGUGCUGAUUGUUAUUGUGCUGACUACAACUAUGAGAGUGGGAGAGGGAGAGGUGGAGGCGUAUGGUGAGUGAUGUCAUUGGCUUAGUCCUAACAUUUUAAAAAAUUAAUCCUCCCUUCUCUAUGUUCUUCGUUCUGUCCAUCCUUCCUUCCUUCCUUCCUUCCUUCCUUCCUUCCUUCCUUCCUUCCUUCCUUCCUACUCCCUCUUUUCCUUCCUCCCUUGCUUGCAGGAGGUAGUGAAGUAUUAUAGCAUGAUUUCAUCUGGCCGAUAGAUGUAGUUUUACUGUUGGUCCUGCCCACUUUACUUCUCAUUUAUAGAUUAUGGGUCAGCCGUUAUAUCCCAUGAUGAUUUAUAAAAGUACAGUAUGAAAGUAUAGUCUUCCCUGAGAUAAUAGAACAAAUCCAUGUCAGACUGUUCCUUGCCUACACACAUCUAAAUGCAUUACAGUCAUCUAUGAGCUACAUACUGGAGGCCUUGAGCCAACUGUAGAUGUGCUCCAUGGCUCUGAUGCAUAGUAUAGUGAUCUCAUAGUACAGUAUACAUGUAGUUAUGGUUAUUUGCUCCAGCCUAAAUAUUCACAAAUAGGGUUAACCCACUAGCAUCCAUCCACAGUACUGGAUAUGAUGUCAAGGCAAGGCAUGGGUAGGUUGAUGUGUUCUAAUAGCCUACCCUUUUGCCAUUUGUCGCUCUGACUGCCCUAAAAUGUCCUGCGAGAACUUCACUAACUAUUAACUUACUGUACCACCAUCUCCAGGACUGUGCCAUGAUGCCAUCUGUCUUUAGUUGCUUGAAGCUAUGUUGAUCUAGCCUAGAUUUACAGUGCAAUAAGACUUUGAUGGGGGUUAAAACUCCUGUAGCCGCUAUGUGGUACAAGAGGAGGUGUGCAGAUACAUUUUGCUUGACAAAAGACAUAUCUCUACCUCAGUGUUUUAACUGACCAUCGUGACAGACACCAUGAAGGGUACAUUGAGUUCAGUGGACUAAAUCUAAAAGCAGUAGGAUCGUUAAGAGAAGCACAAAGUGUUAAGUGAACCAACAAAUCAAUCAGUUGAUGGAACACAUAGUAAGUAGAUCCAUCUUCAACUUCAAACGAUGGCCUUUCUCUUUCUAAACGCUUCCAGAAUUCGAAGACGUUUUUUUAACGCUAAAAUUAAUAUGAGAAUAAAAUGAAAGUUAAAAGCCAUAUGAUAAGAUAUAUAGAUGUUAAUAUGAUAAGUACAGUAUAUGAAUCAUGAUGAAUACAGUAUGAAUACUUUAGUGUUCGAGGUGCCUAAAUGCUUUGCUAUAUUGUCAUUCAACUGAUGUAAGUGAUGUAGGCAUUUUAGUGAUAAAAGGUCAAGGAUUAUGUAAAAUUCUACCACUGGAGAAAUUUGGCUCCACUCUCAAUCUCAAUCUCGAUCUCAAUGCUAAUCAAGCUCUGUUGUGUGGAGCCGUAACACCCAUUUAGGCAAUACUAAAAGCAGUGUUUAUCUGUUUCUGCACACACACACACACACACACUCCCUAAUGGCCCUGCUGACGAGGUUCAGCAUUGUAAAUAUUGCAUGUGUAAGGUUUAAAAAGUCUCCUCUCAAAGGUUGAAUGUGUUUAGUGUAUAGAAUGGUUGUUAUAUUAUACUUGAUUAUAUAAAAAAGCUAAUCUAAUGUCUCACCUGUGCAAAGCCUACAUGCUGAUUAUUGAAUAUACUGUAUACAUACAAACUAAUCUUCACUAACUUAUCAAAUCCUAACUUGAUCAACUGAAAAUGGUAACCACAACUGAAUAACUGCAUAUUUCUCCGCAUCACAGAUCUUCGAAUAGAUCUCUAGAAUAUUUUGAUUGGAUUCACUUUUAUUAUUACUAUUUCAACCCUAUGAUGAUAACACUCACAGUAUAACACCCUUACAUAACUUAUAUAUAUAUAUAUAAAAAAGUAUGAUAUAUGUCACUUUAAAGAUAAAGAUGUUUAUUGCAGCAUGUCCACAUGAUAUUCAUAUUAGUUUUGUUUUAUACAAGCCAUCUGUGUGUGUGGACAGAGGAUUGAUCAGUCAUAGUGUUAUCUUCAUCAUGGCAUUUGUGUGUGUGUGUGUGCGUGUGUGAUCGUACCUGUGUGUGUGUGUGUGUGUGUGUUGUGCGUGCCCGUGUUGUGUGCAUACAUGCGUGCGUGUGACACAUCAUUUUGUAUUGUGUCUAGGUAUAAGUGUCUAGCCUAUGUGUGUGCAAUAAAAAUAAAACAACUAUUUCAGCUGUAUGUCAAUUAACAUUUGUUUAGAAAACAAACUAUCUGCGUUAGUCCAGCUCUGAGGUGCUCUACACGGGAUGACUCUCAUCUUUGUUUUAGUGCCUAAAUAUGAAAUCAAAUAUUCAAUGGCUAGUCAGCCUAUAUUCUAUAAAUACACUCCAACAGGCACCGUUUGGUUUAUAUGAUGUAGGGUGGUCACAGACUAAAAAGCGGGAAAGUACUAUAUGCAGACCUGACUACCCUAUAGGUCUACUAUACUGUAUAUAGAGACAUAACACAGUCAGGAGAUACAGAAUAUUGUAGUCAGGACAGGAGGUGAUAAAUGUAAAGCACUUCGACACUCAGUCGUGAUUGGAAGAGUGAUAAACUACCUAGUUGCUUGGUAUUUGGUUGUCAGGGUUUAUUUGAAUGUGCAUUAGCAUGAGAUGAAUAACAUCAUAUUGAAGUGUAUUGUGUAACUUGGUGAGACAGUAACUGCUGUACAUCUUGGGAAUUCAGUGGCACUGUUUGUAUGUAAACAGCAGGUUGAAUUCAAAAUGGAUGCCAAAGCCUCAAACAGUAUUUGAGAUCUAGCCCUCCUGAUGUGGAACUGAGAUGUGCAUGUGGAUGAAUUUGAAAUGUUUUAUACCACUACUGUAUUAUAGCGCUUCCCAAAAGAGGGGGUAAUGUAACAAACCUGCCCUUGGUAACCACAUUACCAGCAACUCCUACUGAGUUAACUCUAUUUGGGCUGGUUGGUUAGUGUCUGGGUCUUGGACCAGAAGGUUGUGGGUUCAAUUCCCCCCCUGGCUGGGACAGACCCCCCAAAUUCACUACAGUUCUCAUUGGCGUUCCUUGCACUAUGUGAGCGAUCUCUCUCUGCCCUGAUUCUGAUUCUGUCUGUUUACUUCUUCUGCUGUGAUGGCGUGUGUAGCGUUCUACAGUCUGUUGAUCUCCCCCCACCCUUUUUGCACAACACGACACACAGGCGUUUUGUAAAGGAAAGGUGUUAUUUUCUUUUUUUCAUGUCUAAAAAAACAUAUGAAGAAUAAACGAAAGAUUAUGAGAAAAAAA